AUGACUCUGCUGCUCGGCUGGCUUGCGCUAUGCGUAGCGCCUGUGGCGCUCGCUCAUGAGGUGUCGACCAUCAACAGAGCUGGCCUUUGUCACUCCCCAUUAUCGCGUUCUUUCCCAUUGCUUUCGACCCCGGUGUGCGCCAACGACACGCUCAUUACCAAAUACCUUUCCGGGGACAGCCACAGCCCGUCCAACCGGGCAUGGACGAGGGCGUCCUCAUGCACGGCCAACGGCACGGCAGAGUACUGCAUCUUCGUGAGCUCGACCUUUGCCAACGGCAGGGGCAUAGCGGUGCUCACGAGCCCCGACCGCGCCGACUACAUCGCGAACCUGCCCGGGUUCACCGACCCGGAGGUCCUGGCGCACGAGAACCGCGACGAGGACCCCGAGGUGGCCAAGUUCAAGAUGGUGCAUGUCCCGGGCAAGGACAUGGGCGUGGUGGCGACGCAGCCGUUCCAGCGCGGCGACCACAUCAUGACCUUCACGCCGGCCAUCAUCAUCGACUACGCCAUGUUCGAGGACCUGCCCGUGCCCGACAUGCACCGCCUGCAGGCCGAGGCGAUCGACUACCUGCCGUCGGAGCUCCGCGGGCGGUUCCUGAACCUGUCGACGCACGACGGCGCGAGCGGGUACAUCGAGAAGGUGGACAAGAUCCUGCGGACGAACGCGUUUGACGUCGAGGUGGAGGAUGACAACGCGAAUGGGCUCUACGUGGUGUUUCCAGAAAUCUCGCGGUUCAACCACGACUGCCGGCCGAACGCAGACUAUUGGUUCGACCCGGAGACACUGGCGCAGCACAUCCACGCCACGCGGCCCAUCCAGAUAGGGGAGGAGAUCAGUCUCACCUACAUGGACCCGAUCCGCACGCAGGCCAAGCGACAGGACAAGCUCUCGUACGUGUGGGGGUUCAAGUGCGGGUGCUCGGCGUGCACGCAGCGCAAGGAGCUGGUGGCGGCGUCGGACGAGCGCAUCCGGCAGAUCAAGCGGAUCCGCAAGCAGCUGGAGGACUACACGCCGGGGUCGUCGGCGACACCGGCGAUGGCGGACCUGAUGGUGAGCCUGUACGAGCAGGAGCGGCUCAGCGGCAGCAUCUACGAGGCGUACACGUUCGCGGCGAUCGAGUGGAACGGGGUGGGCGAGCCGUGGAAGGCGGUGCGGUACGCCAGGCUGGCGAUCGAGACGGGGCUCGCCAGCACGGGGCCGAGGGACAGGGACGUCAUUGAGAUGACCAGGCUGGCCGAGAACCCGUGGGCGCACUGGAGCUGGAUGCUGAGGACCAGCAAGAGGAUGAGCUGGGGGGCCAUGCGGCCGCUUGGCGGCGGCGAGGCUGAGUAUGGCGAGGACGAGCUGUAG